CAUGUACCUCUCUUAAAAAACUUAAUUAAGAUUAGCCAAUUUAAUUACUACCAUAGCUGAAGGGGAGAAGAAAACAGAAAUUUUCAGAUAAGUGUUGGCUGAAUAUAAUAUGUUUGAACCCUACACAGCAUUCAAAAGAUUAGAUUACAAGAAAACUGGACAAUUAACCGUUUCAGAUUUGGUUAAUUUUUUACUAGAAAACAAAAUAAAUGCAUCUAAUUCUUAAGCUGAAUAUUUAUUUAAGAAAUUAGAUUAGAACAAAGAUGGUAGAAUCACAUAUCCAGAGUAAACCAAUAUUUCUAUAAGUCUAGUUUUAUUUAGUUUAUAUUACCUAAAGAAGAUUCUAGAUUAAGGCAUAUUGUAUCCUAAAGAGAGUACUCUUCUAAUAAAAUUAAUAAAUAAUUACCUACUGAAGUCGAAUGGGGACUUUCUAAAGUUUUCUACUAAGAAAUUAAAAAUUAUAUGUAUUUUUUGUCCUUUUUAUUAUAGUUCAAUUUCUACUGCCUAAGAAAUUUUGACUGGAUGUGCAGAUUUUACUUCUCUUGAUGCUUUUAGAUGCAUUGAUCAAGCAUUUUUAGGAUACAUUACAAUUGAAACGUAGGAUAAUUUUAUAUUUACUUUAGACUUUAAAACUUUUUGAAAUAAAACGGAAUUAGAUUGUCCUUUGAUGAUUUAAUUGCUUUUUUUAGGGUUGUUGAUUAAGAUGCAGAUGGAAAAAUCAAUUAUUCUGAAUUAUUAGAAGCUAUAACUUUUACUCCAGAUUAUUUUUAGCAAGAAAGAUAAUUUGUAGAUGAAUUAAGAAAGAGUAGAGAAAAAAUAAUACAAUUAGAAAAAGAAAGAGAAGAAAUUAAUAAUCUUAAAAGAAGCAGAGAAAGAAUUGAAGAACUCAAAAAAAGUAGAGAAUAUUUAGAAGAAUUAAGAAAAAGUAGAGAAAAAGUUGAAUAGCUUGAAGAAUUAAGACAGAGUAGUGAAAGACAAGAAGAUCUCAAAAAAAGCAGAGAAAGGUUAGAAUAAUUAAAAAAUAGCAGAGAAAGGAUGGAAAAACUCAAAUAUAGUAGUGAAAAAGUAUAAGAUUUUAAAAAUAGUAGAGAAAGUUUAGAGGAUUUAAAAAAAAGUAGAGAAAUAUUAUAGGAAUUAAAAUCAAGUAGAGAGAGACUAAAUUAAUUGGAGGAAUUAAAGAAAAGUAGAUAAAAAAUAGAAGAAUUAGAAGAAUUAAAAAAAAGCAGAGAAAGGUAGGCUUAGAUCGCAGAAUUAAGGUAAAGUAGAGAACGUCUUGAAGAUUUAAGAAAAAGUAGAGAAAAACUUUAAUAAAUGGAAUAUGAGAGGAAAAAUUAUGAUAAAAUGGAAGAAUUAAAAAAAUCUAGAGAGAGGAUUGAAGAGCUUUAAAAAUAAAGAAAAAAGAUGGAAGAAUUGAGAAAUUAUUAAGAGAGCUUAGAAUUAUAAAAAAAAGAAAGAGAUGGAAUGGAUUUGAGAAGAAGUUAAGAAAGAAUAUAAGAGUUGAAAAAGAGUAGACAAAGAAUAGACUAAAUGGAAGCCUUAAGAAAUAGUAGAGAAUAGGAACGCACUAUACAAGAAAUGAGACAGAGUAGAGAAAGAAUAGAAUAAUUAAGAGAUUCUGAACUGAGAAUUUAGCAAUUAGAAAAUUAACGUAGAAGUUUAGAAAGAAGUAGAUAAUUAGAGAAAAUAGAAAGAGAUUUAGAAUAUGAAAGAUAAAGAAGUUAGGAGAGAAUAUAAAGAUUAGAAUUAGAGGCUGAAAUUGAAAGAAAGGAAAGAGAGAGAGCAUUAGAAGAAGAGAUAAAUUUUGUUUAGAGUAGAAUUUAUGAUACACCAAAGAGAAGAUAUUGA